AUUUUCCUUCGUGCUCCACUCCGUAUUCGCGCGAUUCCGAGUGUCACGUUGCGCUUUGUGCGUACGUAGAAGCGUCUCGAGUCGAAGUACGUGGAGUGAACGAGGAAAUACAGAAGUCACGGGUUUUUCAAGUGAAUCCCUAUUGGUUUCUCUUUUCUCUUCUUUCUUUCCGUUUUAUAUCGGAGAUUCGGAGCACACGCACGCCCGCGGCUCUACUCGCGGUAACUCGACGACGACGCGAAAAAUUGCGACCCGCGACGCACCACGAGUAGGGAGGGGGAGGCGGCCAUCUCCGUGCUCUUCUGAUAUUUUUUAUAUUCCACGGUAUGUCAGAAGGCGAGGCGUUGCCGCAGAAGAAGCAGCAACAACAACAAUCGUUCCAUCAGCAGCAGUCACAGAUCGGAGCGGGUUCAAUGGCGAAUAUGGCGUGGCAGUACCCGCCGAACAACAUGCAUAACAUGUUUCCACCGUAUCCAGGACAAAUGUAUGGCCCAGGAUAUCAAGGUGUGCCGCAUCAAGGACAGAUGUUUAACUAUUAUCACAUGAUGCCAGGAUAUGGCCAGACUUUUAAUCCUCAACAGAUGCAGCAGCAUCAACAACAGCAGCAGCAACCGCAGCAACAGCAGCAGCAGCAGCCGCAACAGCAGCAGCAGCAGCAACAGCAGCAACAGGGAAACAAUCAGACAAAGCAACAGUUACAUCAACAACCUCCUAUACCUGGUACUCCGAUGCCUCUAGAUGAUGAAUCUGAUCUUCCACCGUUGCCGCCCGGUCCACCGCCAACAACUCCAUCAACUCAACAACAUAACAAUCACAUGCAACAACAGCAGAUGACUUCUUAUUCAGGAUUGAUGUACAAUUCGUUUCCCUAUGGUAACUGGAAUGGAAUGCAUAACAAUACUUCUCAGUAUAAUGGUCAGACUAUCCGUUUCAAUUUACCAAACAAAAAAACGGGUCUUGGAUACGUGCCGUCCGGGAAUAGCGGCGCCGCGAAGAGAAAACGUAAGCGGAACAAAAAUUUAGCAGCUCAAUUCAACAAUAGCUUUCAGGGAAAUGCUCCGAUUGGUCCCUUCAUGCCUAACGGACCGAAUGCAAAACCUGCGGAACUACCACCGUUACCUCCCGCGCAAUGCGAAGUGGCAGUCCCUCCGCCGCCAAGUGAGGAGCCUCCUAAUUCUGUCGUGCCGAUCACCACGGUUUCCAGCAAUGCGGUCCCCACUACUGGCACUAUUCCCUCCGUCGUUCAAAGUCCGGUCGGGGAUUGGCCCGACAGUCUGAAGAAUUAUGUAAACCGAUGCUACGAGAAAUGUAAAACGGCAGUCGAUAAAGAUCAAGUCGAAAUCAUACUGAAGGGCAAGAUCACACGCGCCGCGAAUGACGGCUCGCUCUGGGUGAAGGACUGGGAUAAGGAGCCUCUGCCCAGCAUCCACAGCGAACGUAUGACCAUGACGAUUAAACCUUCGAAGCCGGCGUUAAAGCUGGCGAAUCCUCUGGCGAGCCCACUGGUCAAUGCACAGGGAGGCCUGCGCAAGCCCGGCCUUUCCAGCUCACUCGGGGCUCGGCUUGGCGCGCGUCUCUCUGUGACACACAGCAGGCGGUCGAGGACGAAGUCGAAGUCGAGGUCAAGAUCAAGAUCCAAAUCAAGGUCGCGAUCCCGUUCGCGAUCGCGAUCGCGGUCACGUUCGAGGUCGAGAUCAACGCGUUCGCGCACACGUAGCCCGCCGUCGCGCAGGUACAACAACAGGCGCAGCACGUCCUCGUCGUCGAACAUUAGCGAACGGGAGCACGAGUACAAGGCCCCUAAAACGAAAAAGUCCGCGCGCAACAAGGCGAAUCACAACAAGAAGUCCAAGAAGAAUAAGCAGGCUAAAUCGCAUUUCUAUUCCGAAUUUGGUUUAGCUACAGGCAACACGGACGAGCUGGGAACCAAGGAGAAGCUACAGCAGCGCGCUGCCAGAUUCAACGGCGGUGUUUCCAGGACGGUUGUUAGCAGCGUCGUUAUUAGAGAUGACUCGAACACGGACUUCGAUUUUACCGGACUCCACAUCGUCGGUACGUGCAAGGAUCUAGAGAAGCCCUACUUGCGUCUCACAACGGCUCCUGCCCCUUCUGCAGUUCGACCGGUAAGUGUACUUGAAAAUUCUUUGGCCCAUGUUAAGAAACGUUGGCUGGCCGACCAGGACUACAGAUAUGCUUGUGACCAAUUAAAAUCCAUCCGGCAAGAUCUUACCGUGCAAGGUAUCAGGGACGCGUUUACAGUUCAUGUAUAUGAAACCCACGCUCGUGUAGCUUUAGAACGCGGUGAUCACGAGGAAUUUAAUCAGUGUCAGACACAGCUAAAAAUGCUUUAUCAAGAUCUUGGUGGCGAGAAUCGAUGCGAAUUCAUUGCGUAUCGGAUUCUCUAUUACAUUUUCACAAAAAAUACUCAAGACUUAACGACAAUUUUAGCAGCACUUUCGUCAGAGGAUAAAAAUGAUGAGUGCAUAAAACACGCGUUGAAAAUACGAUCGGCUUGGUGGUUGGGUAACUUCCAUGCUUUUUUCAAACUGUAUAGGACAGCUCCGCGUAUGUCUGCCUUCUUGAUGGAUUGGUUUGUCGCUAGAGAGCGCAAGAAGGCAUUGAAAUUCAUGAUAAAGUCCUACCGGCAAAAUUUGGCGGUUCAUUUCGUCGUAGCAGAAUUGGCCUUUGAUUCUUUGGACAAGUUUUAUGAAUUUGUCAGCGAGUUCGGCUUGGUUUACGCUGAUCUCGCUCGACAGCAAAUCGACUGCAAGGCAAGCAGUGGUAGUCUAGGUGGUUGGUAGAAGGCAACGCCACUCUACUGUCCUACCUUUACCCCUUGUGGCGGAAGAUAUUUUAACAUGUGAAAAAGAUGGGCCACACACACAUUCUCAUGCAUACAUACACAUACAUACACACACGCGUACCAUGCAUAAAUCUCACGUGUGUCGUAUUACGUGUAUAUGCAUAUGUUUCCGGCAUAUGUGCGCUUGUGUGACUCAUAUGCAUAUAUACAAAUAUUUAGAUAGAUAUUCCAUUUCGCUGGGGUACACAUCGGUUCCGUAAAUUUUCCUCGCCCUGUGUGCUGGCUCUAUCUCUCGCAAACGAUCUUCAAAUCAUCGUCCCACGGCGGUGGCGGAAUUUCAUCACCGUCGGGCGCAAAAAUCGAAAGUUUGGGACUUCGACUGUGAAUUUGUACAUACACGCUCCCUCGUUCAGUUCCCCCGCGCGCAAUUGUACAUAAUCUCAAGAGGACAUUGAUGCGGAUCUCUCACCGGGGGCUCCUGGAAAUUGUACAAAAAUCGGGAUGGAUGAUCGUUUCCGUUCACAUUCGGCGCUACCUCACUAAAAUGAUUAGAUGAGAAAAAAGCUCGGUAUAUAACGUCAAGGAUCAUACUCACAACGCAAACGGUACAGUCUGCGGUCUUCGCAAUAG